GUUAUCAACUUCAUUCAAUAUUUGCGAGAACGGCGGUAGUCUUCGAUUGAAGUCUUCAGUCAGACAACUGAUGAGUAUAGAAUGGAGCUUUACUUUCUCUUCCAUCCGCAAUUCUUGGAAUCUCUCCAUAUUAACGACGACAAUCGGCCAGGUCGACGACGCGAUGGGGAUUAAGGCCGAGCGAGCCGAGAGGGCGCGCUGGCGACCAGAAAACCACGCGAGCACUAGACAGGGAGAACGACGGGCUCGAUAGCGUCUGCGACCGAAGCGAGCACCGGAGACAAGCACGACGGGGCGGCUACCGGCGAACACCACGACGCGAUGACAAAAACAGACUGAAACAGGGAGCCGAGCGCCAAGGACGAGCCGAGCAGGAAAUCGAGAUCCGAGUUGGGCGAGUGGGAGGAACAGGGAGCUGGGCGACCGAGCGCCAAUGGGGAUGGGGCAUGUGCGUCCCUGCGACCAGAGGGAGUGCCGCGGCUACAGGGGCGCGGUUUGGCCAGGGAGGAGCAGCCGACGCUGGAGCUGGAAGAGGCUUCGGCCAUGGGGAAAACAAGGGGCCGGGGAGGAACUCGGCUGGGAGGAGCUCGACGCAAUGGAGCACGGAGGAAGGAGAGGGGUGCGCACCAUGGAUGCGCAGGAGCGAGCUCCGGCAGCGCGCGUGGGGCUGGAACACCGAGCUGGCAGCCGGCGCGCAGAGAGAGGCGACCGAGGAAGAUGGAGAAGCUCGGUGGAGCGCCAUCGGGGCGAGCCGAGGGAGAAAGGAAGCCGCGGCAGAGAGCUCGCCGCGCAGAGAAGACUCCACUGGAGAACGAGCAGGGAGAACAAAGGAGCUGGGCGAGAAAUUUCACGCGCGGGCGCCAGGGAAUAUGAUAGGGCCGAGCAGGGCGCCGAGAGGAGGGAGAUGAGGGAGGAUCGAGCUCAUCGGCUGGGGAUAGAAGAGCGACUAGGAAGAUAAGACUGCUGGGAUUUUUUUUGCAGGUGACCGACGAAGCUUACGCGGCCACGGCAAGAACGAACUGGAGGCUGAAUGCCGCAUGGAGAUAAGAAUGGAAGCUGUUAAGCGGUAAGAAAAUCAAAGGAAGAGACAAACGUGCCUUGAGAAAAAUCCCGGCAACGGAUGAAGAUAGGAGUGGCUGAAAGGAUAUUUUUCUAGAUGUUUUUUUAUUUUUCUUUUCUUCACUCUUUUUUUAAAGAGAAUUGCAAAUAUUUUGGAUCAUGAUUUUUAGCGAUGUACACUAGGUCAACACGCUAUACGGCUACACAUUUCUUUAAAUAAAAUGGAAAUUUCAGAAUAUUUGAAUUUGGGUCUAGACAAGAUGUACACAAUCUAAUUAAAACGACACUUGGGUUAAACAUAUUAUUUACUGGGACUUUGAAAUAGGACACCGAAUCGGCUAACAAUUUUUCCGGUUUCAAUUAGUUCGGAUUCAGUUUAUUUAAACAGUCUGUCCCUGGUAGUGGCUUUACCAAAUUUAUAGAGAUUGCUCGAACCGAGCGAAAUACUUAAGUGACAAUUUUAUUUCGUCUAGAUUAAUUUUAAAUUGGCACUAGGCUCGACACUUUUAGAAUUAAAUAAAUUUUAAACUGUGCGAGCCGAAUGCGACAUCGCAAUCGGAAUUCCUCCGGGGACGAUGUCAGUAUCGUCACGGGAGCGAGAUGUAGACGGAUUAAACCAGACGAGAUCCGAUUCGAUAUUUAGGACAACACUGGUUUGGUCGAACUCAGAUAAAAAUUUACCCGUCACCAAAACACAGCUGAUUUGAUUAUCCUACAGUGUGGGCUGAAGAACAAAUGGGAUUAGAUGAAUUCGCACCCGUAAUUUAUAUCCAAGUUUUGGAUCGGGCAAGAAACGACAAGCCGAAUUAAACUGAUUUCGGCACUGAUAAUUUGUUCGGCGUGAUUCGACCGAAAUUAGCCGAAACACAAUAUGUGAACGUAUACGCGAUUUUUUUCGUCGAAACCGCGUGCUGAAGAAUUAAUUGGAUUAUAACCUCGCGCAUGAUUUCGCGCGAUUCAAAUUAUUUUACCCCGAACAUUUUAGUCGUCGAGUUCAACUAAUUUGCCCGGGAUAAAAAUCAUCUUAGUGAGUCGGACUUCCAAAUUCGUAUUCGCGCGAGCGAUGAAUUUUAAAUAAUCACCGGACGCACCGAUGUUCGGAACGACGAUGUUCCGAAGAACACGGAAAUUUUGGAAGAGCCUGGAUUAAUAAAAAUAAAAACAAUGUCGCACCCGCAACAGACGAAACAGAUGCGAUAUUAAAAUCGCAAUAGGCGAAGAUGAUUAAAUUUUAGUAUCCGUUUCAUCCACUGAUAUUACGUGCUUAACUCCAUACUCGUUGUCGAGCGGACGGUAAGCACCUGAGGUGUUACAGCCCUCCCCCCUUAAAAGAAUCUCGUCGCGAGAUUCGGAGCGAAAGACUCUUAAGAGUAGAGAAGCAUGUAACCCAUGUCCAUAUCAGCGAUAACCAUAAAACAGCUCCAAGCAAAGGCGAGUGUCUCAGGAUGUUGUUUCUCUAGUGGACAUAACAUGUAUUGCCUUAAGCUAAUUUAGAAAUGUCCAAUAAUAGAGACGAUGUCUGCCAGAUGAACACAUAGGGUUCCAUGUGUGCAGCUUGCUUUUUCUGAUGACACUGUACUAUCUGAGUCUAUUGGGCGAGCGAUAAAUACGCGAUUUUACCCAAAUAGAAUUAGAUGCACCAUCUUGGGUAUAACACACAGAAAGAUGUUUACCAACAAGUGGUCACAGUGAGUUCGUAACACACGAGACGGAUGUGGAUGUCGAAUACUGUCGCGGUUAACAUAUGGCUAACCCGAGAAUUCAAGUCCACGAAAGAUGGUAUAGAUUCUAGAGAAUCACCAGUGAAGAGAUCUGUAGAUACGGACUUUACGACCAGUCCAUUUUAUCAAGCACUAGGCAUGGCUCGACUUGAUCGCAUAUGCUGGGAAAACACACGUGAGGCGAUCGAGGCAUAACUAGAGCGAUAAUUAGAUGGUUACUGGUCGACUUAAUUUGAUUUUGGUAAGUACUUUCUUUAGGGUGGGUUGAACCAAAGUGAGUUUAGACAACUCAAUAAAGCGAUCUCUAAACUCAGCCUUCGUUCAUUGAGCAGUUACAAGUUAGUCAAAACCAACUUGUUGAACUACUUUUGACAUUAAGCAAAUCCUCUCAGUACCAUUGGUAAGCCAAGGGUUGAGAGUUCACUCAUACUAACAGUUGAUCAUGCACUUGGGCAGAAAUCCAUUUGGUCAGGUUGUUCAUCCGUUUCUUCAUGUGAGAUGAAUUAUCCACUUGGUUAGGGAAUACUUGGAUUAAAUAAGAGAGCGAAUGAACAAACUCCUGCAUCACAACAGCAGGGAAAAAUCAAUCUUCAUUUUGAGAGCUAAUCAGUUGUCUCUCGACACUAAAAAGCUCCAAGGCUUCACCUUUACACGAAGGAUGUAAAGGGAACUUGUAUGAGUAGUCACCAUCAAAGUAAAGGGACAAGAGACCACACAUUAAAGGGGUAUGCCCUUUUGAUCCAACAGAGAUGAUAGAUGUUGCUUGAUCACUUGACAAACAACAUAGAAAUUGUUUCAAGGAAGUAGUUUACGGAAGAUAACACAUCAGUGUAGUUCCACAAUGGAUCAUGACCAGAGACCUUGAUACCAGCAUCCGACGAGUAGCAUAGUCCUGUGUGCGCAUUCACAGGAGGCUCUCAGUUUCGCUGCGGCACCAUAAGUCAUUAACCAUGACACCAUUACCGAACUGGCACCAAUAACAAUCUCACGUAGCAAAAAAACAUAUUGUGCCAAGAUAACGCAUUGACAUAGUCUCAUAAUGGAUUACAACUACUAACUGUGAUACCAGCGCGUGCCGAGUAGCACAACCAUGUGUGCGCACCCACAGAAGGCCCUCGGUUUCAUCACGGCACCAUCAGUUUUAGUCAUAGCACCAUUACCAGACAUAACCAAUAAGAAAUCUCGCGCGACACCAAUGGAUUAGGCAAGGGUGACAAUAUACAAAGAGACUCUACCUGUAAGAAUGGUUACAAGUAGAGAACCAAAUAGAUUAUGGCCCGAUGAAAUGAACAAAACAUGGCCAUAACUUAAACUUGAUGAGAGAAGUACGAUGGGAGACCGAUACUUCAGCCACAAGCAUAUUUCUAUGCCCAUCACAGAGAUUACAAAGUCAAGGAUUAAGUUGGUAUGCCUUCGAUAUGUAUGGGGAAACCAAAGGCAUCAAACUCAAGAAAAUGGUCGGACAUACCUUUCCUAGGUUAGGUUGAUAAAACAACAUGGCGAUCCUUAAGAACCAGCACACUGGAUAAGGUACAACAGCUUGUACCAAUUGUCAAGGGCAUGGUCUAAGAUGGAAAUAUGAGUCGAGAUUCUUAUUUUAAGCUUAAGUACCCUUUUUGUCCAACGAAGAAAUUAUCUAAGCAUUUAUUUGUAUGUGUUUGGUCAUGGAGUGAUAACGGAAAAAAAAUUAAGUUUUGGGUCAUGGUUUACUAAAUAAGAACAUGGCCUAGUUUUGGGUUUAGGCAAUCAAUUACCAACUUUCUAUCGGCACAUCAAGCACAAGAGCAAGCACAUAAAACACCCUAAGAGGUCACCUAAGGAAUGGAGGACACCUAUUUCAUCGAAGUUCAUAAUUCAGCAUUACACCACAUUAUCUACAAUCAAUGGUUACUGGAAUAAAGAUGAGAGAAGCAUUUUGGGUGUAUAGGUGACAAACAUGAUGCAACAAUCAGGAUGCAUGCUCGUCUUAUUCGUCCUCACUGAUUUUGCCAACAUAAUGUGGCGAUAGCGUUCUAUAUCGGUGGCAUUCUUACGACUCUCACGGUAAUUUGCUAGUCGUCAGCUACACAUACGUUUUCGAGGUUAGUGUACCUGCAGAAAAAUCCAUCAUAGCCCAAUUCCCAAUGAUGCAAGUCACACAUGACAGUUUAUCACAGUUUAUACUCCAUAUAUUGCUAUAUGGAGGCCAGCUCAUCAUUAAGCGUCGAGCCACGCAUAGGCGCUGUUGCCACACUUUAACCAUAGGGCAACUCAUUAUGGUAACUCACCUUCUUACCUGAGCGUAGGUGCGUCGUUACAAGUACAUUACACUUCUCAGUAUUCCCAUGUUUGUAUACCCAUACACAUCCAUGGGGUACCGAAUUCCCAGAAAAGUAAAUACUCCACAUCGCAGCUUUUGUAUAUACAUAUGUAGAGCAUGUAUAUAGUCAAGCGCCACAAUUAAGCACUUCCCUAGACCGACAAUUGUUCGGUCAUGCUCUCACAUCUCACCUUACCUUAGUGUCGAUCCAUUCAAGACUGAAUGGCCUUAAAAAUAACAAUACACAUGUAUGCAAUACCCACCCGGUUGUGGGUUAUGGUUUUCAAAUAAGCCACCUAAUAGUCCUUAACUUAGGGCUUAACAGAGGAUGUCGCUAGCAUUAUAGUUUUUCAAAACUGUUUUUCAAAGCCAAACAAUGUGUUUAGUUGAAAAUAGUUUUUCUAAAACCAAAACUUUUGUUUUGAAAAUACGUAUGUGACAGUAUAUACUUAAUCCUGCUCCGAUACCAGCUGUGGCAGAACCUCCCAAGUUAUUGGGCCCACAUGCACCUGUCCUUGUCUCAAAGACCUCAGACAGCUAUGCAUGUGCACCAGAUAACUUAACAGGAUCCGUCCGAUUGCCCAAGGACAUCGGAUAAACCACUUACAACCAGAACCGCGGGAUUAAGUAACACAAAUCACACACACAACAUUUUUGCAGCGGAAAUCUUAUUACCAAAUUUUACAGGUUAUAAAAAAAAUUUACAUUAUUUUAUCGGAGUGAUUACAAAAGUAUAAGUUUGAAAUAUAUGCUAGCUCAAGUGACCAUCCUCAAUAAGAAGUAUAUAAGAAGUACUUAGACUUUUAAGAAGGCCGAGCCCACCGGCACUUAACACCAUCAACAACAGCAUAAAGUUAAAACCUGAAAAACAACAGGGAAUAAAACCCUGAGUAUGGAAUUACUCAGCAAGUCUUACCCGACUAAGGAAAAGACUCUCAAGGGUAUGCUGGAUAAAUAGGAAUCAAGGAGAGGCUUUAGCAAAAAUCAACUUAGAUACUUUUGCAGAAAUAGCUUACUAAAGUGAGUCCUUACUUUCAACAUUUUAACGCCAGAUUAAGUAUUAAUAGACUCUGUUUGCCUUUAGUCUAAUUUCAUCAUCUCAUCAAUACAACAUUAUUUUUAUCCAUAAUGUUCACAUCCUGACUUAGGUUGUAGACAAGUGACCACGUCUUCAUAACCGCGAAGGUACGGCGAUCCGAAUCGAUUAUACUCAGCUGAGGAUCUCCAAUCACACGACAUAUGUAGCACUUAACCCUUGCAUAUGUCAACCCGCCACCGGGGUUCUUAAGACCAGAUCAGGUUCACGCAAACCGAGAGCACAGAUACACCACCGUCCAGCCUCUUGCCACGGAGGGUACACGCUACUCUCGCCACCGCUCCACGCCCAUUUCGU